AAUUAUCAAGUGUCACCAAAUGUUAAGAUGACUGUUGAAUGUGAUAGGUUAUCAUUUAAUAAUUGGUUUUAUUAGCAUUUGUAAUCAUAUAGUUACAGUGCUUUGCAUAGGAAAUUGGGCAACCUGGCAAGCAGAUGUAUCAGGUAGUACAAGAAUUAAAGACCAUAGUGUUGACACCUAUUAGACCUGGUGGAGCUAAAUUGCCACAUCAUGAUAUAACUGUGAGCAGAUCUAAUCAGAAAUCUGGAGAAGCUGACAGGGCAAAUGGUGAAUUACGAUGGAAUUGUGAAAGUCUAACAACUGAUGGAAAGGGUCAGAAUAGUGAAUCAGAAUCUAAACCUGUGAAACAGGACUCUUCAGCCGGCAAGCACUGUUUACCACUUGAUGAGUCCCUGGAAAGAAAUCUAGCAGACAAAUUUAUUGCAGUGCUUGAAAAAGUUUUUCACUACUUGUUAAAGAAUGGGGGAGAUGAUGAAACACUUUCUGUGUUUGCAACAGUAUUGGACAUGAUGUUGAAGAAAGAAGCUUUCACUGUGGAGCAGAGGAAGCAAGUGUUUGCUUGGCGACAGCAUUGCCAACAAGAACCACGAAGAGUGCAGCGACGAUUUACAGAACCAAAGGCUGGAUUUAGGUUUGGCAAUCCGUCUGUAAAUGUUACACACGGCAAUGGUUACCUUGGCUCUACCGUGACUUCCAGUCAUAGUGUGCAUGCUUUGUCACGGCAGAAGGCAGCUACUUUGCCUGGAGCAAAUCGUACACGUAGGCCACCUCGUGCUUCUGGUGUUACCUUACCUGUUGGAAGCACUAGUGUAAUUUCUGGGAAGUCCUUGGGAGUCAUGACAUUUGCUCAGCCUGGAGCAGGAUGUGGAAAUAUGGGAACAAGAACGAAUGCUUCAGUAGGAUUACCAUCCAACAGAGUUAUGGAAGAACAGAAAGAACUAGUAAGGGCAAGAUCUUUGCCUAGUAACACAGGGUCUGAUGGUUCUGACAGUCACACUACGGAUUGUCCCAAUGAUCGGGACCAUUACAUGGAAGCCUUGUGUAUACAAGUAACUGAGCAUGCACUCUCAGAUGCAGCUGAGGGAAGUGCUGGUUACUGAUUUGUCUUGACGAUGACCACGUACAGUUUAUCUAGGUCUUGAAUUUCCAAUUCGGUGACAUUUCUUUAUUUCGUUCUUUGAGAGAAUCAGUUUUCUACACAGCUGUAUCUGAUACCCACAUUCUUCUCAAUGUGUAAAUUGUGGUCUUUAUUACAUGUUAUGUGGAUGUGUCUUCACAGCAGGCAGCACAAUGUACAAGGUGACGUUAGCUAUUGAGACAAAUACCAAGAGAAAUUAUGGAUUGUGAUAUGGUAAUAUGUAUAUGAAAAUGGUAGUAGUCAGAGUUAUGCUAUGGUACAAUGCAGACAAAUGAUGAAAGUGGAAAUGUUUCUAGUUUCUAGAGCAUUUAUAGUUUGUUAUUAUGGAGAUUUGGUAAUAUACUGAAUUUGAACUGUUGUA